AUAGUUGACACGGACUAAUAAAAUAAAAUUUUAACAACCUUUGAAAAAAAUCCCUCGGGAGUAUUGUAGCAUGUGUUUAUAAAUGGAUACUCGAGAUUUCAUUAUGCCAGUCGAUGACCAAAUCACACAACAGCACUUUGAUAAAUGCAGUCGAAUUUUCUGUGUGUUGUUAAUUAUUGUGAAAUAGUUAGAGUUUCAAUAUAAAUUUGGAUUGUUCUCAGUGAAUGCAGCGCCAUGCCUGGAGGAGAAAUAGCUGACGUCCUGUACGAGGAAAGUUCUUUGCAACUAAAUACCUUUUUGGACUUUCUGCCGUUUGAAGAUGAGCCUGCAGGAUAUUCGUGCAUUGAACCGUUGACCACAAAAAAGGAUUACGCAGUGAUCAAUGGAGAUGACAAAUUCCUUGAUAGCAUCAUUAAAAGUUUAUUGGACAGUCCGGAAAAAAGUUCGGAAAAUUCAAAUGAUAGUAUAUUAGAAUUCGAGAACUUUUUGGACAAUUCGCCAUUGGACAACCAAGCAAUGUCGGUUCUCGGGGUGGAUUUGGACUUGCAAAGUGACCCAUUCAGUGCUUCUUUCAACGACGCCUGUGACUUAGAUUUCCAGUUUUGCGAGCGAGCAAAUGAUUUGUUCAUAAACACUCCUUUGGAUUAUAACUUAGGGAUCGAUAAUCCGGCUACUGAUUACGAUACCCAAAACAUUGGCAAUAUGUUUCCCCAUAUGAACGAUGAAAAGAACAGACGAAGGCGAAAUUUGCUGUAUGAAAGUACCUGUUCACAAUUCAACGAUUCGAAGUCGAACGCCAAACGAGACGCUUUAUUUCUCAAGAAACGAGAUCAUGACUAUACGUAUAAAAUCAAAUCGGAUGAUGACAAAUAUUUCACAUGCCCGAUUUUGAACUGUGAAAAAAUAUACGCAAAAUCCUCGCAUCUCAAAGCUCACCUGAGGAGACAUUCAGGCGAAAAGCCUUUCGUAUGUAACUGGCAAAAUUGUACUUGGCGAUUUUCGAGAUCAGAUGAACUCGCCCGCCACAAGAGAUCUCACUCGGGCAUCAAACCGUACAAAUGCGAACUAUGCGAAAAGGCUUUUGCUAGAUCCGAUCACUUGGCAAAGCAUAGGAAAGUUCACAAGAAAAAAAUGGCCCAAAAUGGAAGCUACUACAUCAAAAAACGAACAAAAUUAUAGUUCGGUAAGCAAAGUAGCUGAUAAUUUAUUGUAGUGAUGUUCACUCUUCUUGAAUUUGUGAAUGGCUUUUUCGAAUAUGCGGACAUUCCAUAAUUUUGCGCAUUCAAGCAGGAAACUAUUCAAUGCAAGUCCCGAUUUCUAAUGUAAUCCCAAAUUUGACUCUACCUAUAAGAAAGGAAUUGUCCUAUAUUAGGGCUUUUUAACAUGUUUAUAAAGCAUGCCCGCUAAUUUUCCUCAGGAUCUAGAAAAUAUUUAAGCAUUAGACUAAUGAACUUAAGUAUUAAUGUACUCCAGCGAUUCACUUCCCGUUUUAAUAUGCUUCAGAUUUUUGUUAGUUAAGCGUAGCAAUAGACGAUGUAUUAUUAGAGUAUGUAAGAUUUCUGCUAAUUGAUAUCAAAUACAAAGACAUGUGAAUGUG